CCACACGUAUCAGAUUCGCCACAUCUCUUGUCCUUUACCUUUCUCUCUCCUUCCAUGAACUCAUUAUCAGCGAUUUCUAGGGUAUUCUCUCUGUCUCCCCUAAAUUGAAGAAAGGUUUUGGCGCCAAUUCAAUCCUGAAAUUGGUGUCAAUUGCGCUAAUUAAAAACUUAAAUUAACGUCAAUUGAUAAAGAAGGUCGUUGUGAAUUGGGCUUAAUCGCCCUUAGAGUGUGCAAAUCGAUGAUCGUCAUUGUUCCAUGGACCAAUCUUCACUGCACUCCACUUCCGCUGUUGAAGAAGAUGAUGAGUGGGACACUGAUGGAUUUGUAAUUCCAAGCUUGGGAAUAGAGAACCCUGACCAAAUUGACUCCGAGCCUCCUACUGUAGAGGUCACCAAGUCUCCUCCCUUGAAGGAUAAGCUAGAAAAAAUUUACUUGGGACCCCACGGAGCUCCACCUCAACAGAAGCAACAAGAACCAAACUUGACAAACCGUAAGCAGCGUUUCAAACAGAAGCUCAAGGAAGCAGACAAGAGGAUUGGCAGCACAGGGCGAGAGAACAGACUCGAGAGUUUAAGAGAGCUUGUUGGUGGGAGUGGCAAGUCGAGUGGAAAGAUGGCCAAGGGUUCGUCCAAGGAUUGGCUUGACCCACACUGUGAUGAGUCUCUGUUUGAUGGACGAAGUGAUUAAUUUUAUUGACGCUCUUGGCGAAUUACAAAACAAAAAUUAAGGAAUAAGGGCUUGUAAAUCCUUGAUGAAGUUGUCAAUGUAGUCGGUGAUAAAGCCUGGGCUAAUCAACAUACUUCUGCAUUUAGCAUGAUUCUUCCUCACUACAUGACUUACAUCACUAUCUUGAUCCAUCACUCUGUUGAUGGCUUCACAUAGACCUUGCUUUGACACCCACCCGUUCUGUUGUCGCUCCACCUUCACACCCACCUUGAGCUCAUCUGCCAUCAAGUUGGCGUUCAGAGUUUGGUCUGGCAGCUGUGGGAGUAAUACCAGCUGACUUUCACUACUUAACCCCUCCCACAUGGACGAAGACCCACAAUGGGUCACAAAGCACCCUAACGAUGGGUGCGCCAGUAUUUGCUGCUGCUGCACCCACCCACCGUGAACCACCCCUCUCCCGCUAACCCGAUCAUUAUACCCUUCUGGAAGCAGCUCCUCCAAGGUGGCACAACCCACAGGAGGCUUUACAGCCAUCAAGAAGGGAUGUCCUGUCAUUUCCAGGCCAAUAGCCAGCUCCUGCAGUUGGGGUGCGUCUAAGACAUGCUGACUACCAAGGCAGACAAAGAUCACUGACCCGGGGUCGUACCUGGCUAGCCACUCAGCCCAGUGAGUCUCCAACGGGGGGGAGAGUUGAAGAUCAGGCAAGGCGUGGCCAGUGACAAGGACAGGCUUGUUAAAUGUAGCAGCAACACGGUCACAAUAUACCCCUUCAAUCUCCCUGAAGGUGCGGAUGGCUAUUGCAUCCGCAGAUGAGAGGGAGAUGACAGACCGUUCAAGUAAGGUAAUCCCUUCCCCAAAAUAGGGUGAUGAGUCCUUGAGACACCACCCAGGGACAUUAUUGACUGGCCUUUCAGGUUCAGCUGCUUUUGGAAGGAGGCUAGGCCUGACAAAGGACAGAGAAAUAGCACAUACAAUGUUGUAUGACACUGACUUGAUCCCGAGCUUGCUAGCAAUAUCGGGUAUCCAAUGGGCCAUGUCGUAGAGGACAAAGUCGGGCUUGUGGGUUGAUAGGAUAGACUCCACGUCAGGCCUAGUGCGGUCCAUGGAAAUGGACAGAUCGCCAUGUUGGUCGAGGGAGAUAUCCGCAGUUGUCUGAGUGGCAGGAGGGAGAGUUUCGAGGUGUGGGACAGUGAUUGAAUGGAAAUUAAUGAGAGAAGGGUGAAGGUUUAGUGGGUCCAACUGAAGCUUAGCUUUGUCAGGAAGCAAGAAGGUGAUUUUGUGGCCUUUCUCAGCAAGUUUAUUGGAAAGGUGUAGGUAAGGGAUAAAAUGUCCAAAGGCAAACCAUGGGAACAUCACUAUCCGCAGCUCUUUCUCUCUACCCAUGUUUUUUUUUUCUUAAUUAAUUUGUAAUUAUUAUGAGUGUUGAUUUUAAGGAGCUAGUUCUUCAAAAUACAUGGAGCUCGUGAGCCUCGUGUUACACUUAAUGGUACCACAUGGCCACAUAUGGGUGUCAUGACUUUGACUCAUUA